AUGAAACUUUUUGUGAUAAUUUUGUUCCUGGUAGUCGCCGUGGGGGCCCAAACCGACUUCCCGGAUUUCGAGGAGCCGCCCCCGAGCAAUGUCGACGUGGGUACGGCCCUGCUCACCUCGUUUUUGACCUCUGAAUUGGUCCAAAACAAGCUGAAAACCCUCUACGAAAUUUUUGAUUUGAAAAUUCGCUUUAUCAAGUUGGCCACGGAGCUCCUGACGAGGCACAAUCUCGUCCUUUUCCGAAACUUUCUCGAUUUUGUUUCACGUUUGUGCAACUUUGUGAUGAAGUUUUUACCGGAAAGUGAGGGAGAAUCCUCCGGGGCCACGUUUUUGGAAGCUUUGUUUCCGGUGGUCAGUCUGGCGAGUCCGGAAAAUCCGGUUAAUCGAGUGGACCGGAAUGCGAAUUUUACUGCAACUGACGAGUUAGAAAAAUACAAGGAUGAUGUUGAUUUGGUGACAAAAUUGAUAUACAAUACGCCUUGA